AUGGUACUCACUCGCGCAAUGUGGAAGCAACUAGCAGCCACUCGGACCGCAAACAUGGAAACGACAGUCAGUAAUGAGACGACAUUAACGCAUUCAAGGCGUUCGCGUAUUGCGCACUCUGGAAACCGCCUGCGAUCAAUGGCCAGAGAGGGCACUGCCGUCUAUAACAAUGCGGCUGAAGGCUCCGCCAACGUCCGCACCAAUGCUUUCAGCAUCAGCACGGAAAGCGCCGGUGCUUUUCAACCGAACAUAAUUACAGAGGACCAGUCCUCUAACACCCAAACUGUGCAAGCUGCGCAUGUCGAAACAGAAAGUACAAGAAAUGCUGAGAUCCUUGAUAGCCAGCCACUGGCCUCGGGAUCUACCAGCAAAAGCUCACAAGAUCCUUGCGAAGACCUUCCGAAUCCUUCCUUCCCACCUCCUCCCAAGCCGAAGUCUCGUAAAAAACGUGGUCAUGGGUGGAGUCGCAGAAAAACUGCAAGAGCAACUACUCAAGGUCGUACUGUCCAGGCAGGCGGCAAGCGCCGAGUUGAGGACGUAGAUGGCGAAGAAGACGAGAAUAGGCCAAGGAAGAGGCAGCAUAUUAAUGAGGAAAGCGUUGCGGGGCCUUCCAACGCCCAUUCUACAUCGAUUGACAGUACGAUGAAUGCCACUAUUGUUAAGCAGCUGCGAUCACGCAGCAUCGUCUUCUCAGAUGGCCCCGCAAACUCAGGAAGAGGCGAGCGGAGCAGGACGCCGAGGUCGCCAUCUCCAGAUCGUGCACCUGUAAGGUCGACGAUAGAUGAUUCCCCGGCCAUUGGAGUUGAGUUGGUACAGAUCAAAACGGAAGAAGAAGAGGAGGAUAACCUCUUCGAUACACUAUUGCCUUGUGAUUGGAGCCCGCUGGUGCCAGGGUCUGAACUGACGGACGCGGACACGUUCAAGUUCGAUAGUAACCGGAGUACGCCGGAGUUAUCGAAUGAGCAUUCCGAAUACAGCACGGAUAAAAGCGAGUCGGUCGGUUCAACACCAAUACGGACUCCACGAGCACAGUCCGUGGAUGUCGAGACCUUUGAAAGGUCCCUUGUGAUUGUUCUUCCGGGAAUGAUAGAGGAAAUGGCACCGCCGGAUGAGUUGAUGGACAUCCAGGAUGAGGAAGAGAACGAGGACGAGAUCGAUGCUGCUGCUUCUGGUCCUUUUAGCCCUGCUGACAGAAGAAGGUCAAGGGCUCCCAGCCCUCCGUCUCUUCCUCCGUCACUCCCCGUAUCACGGUUUUCAACUCCCCAGCGUAAUGAGGAGACAGACAGCGCUAGAUACAUCCAGAGGAAAAUGCGUACGAUCAAGAGAUCAUUCCACACCUCGAUUACGGUAACGAACCGCAAAGUUGGCCUGCUCGUCCUCCUGGCUUCUUGUGUCGGUCUUCUUGGUCCGGUGCCGGUAACGCGUCUGUGGAACUCGAAAUCGACCAUCGUCAGCUGA